CCGGUGUUGGCUCGACCAGGGUUAUUUUUUUGAAGCGCGGCCGAAGGCCGCCAAUGCGGUAAGUAGUUCUACACGAAAGAGUAUUUCAAUUCCCCCUCUUUGAUAACUCCCGGUGUUGGCUCGACCAGGGUUAUUUUUUUGAAGCGCGUCCGAAGGCCGUCAAUGUGGAAAGUAUUUCUACACGAAAGAACUUUUCAUUUCCCUUACUUAUAGUGCAUAGAGUGAAUAUCAUAAACUUUCUUAUAUUAUCUUUAUAUAAUCUUUUUAUAGGGCAUUUGUUUUCUGCAUUUUGGGUAUUUAUUUAUUUUGGUUCUUCUCAUUCGUUUGCAAAAUAUCUGAUAUGGCAACACUUAUUACUUGUCAAGCUGCAACCCUUUUUGUUAUUGUUGAAAUUAAGAGAUUUGUGUAAAAUGUUAAAUACUUAUUUACAGCUAUUUUCGUGAUAAAUUUUAUAAAAUAAAUAUGCAGAAACAAUGUGGUGAAGUAAAACGUAAUACAUGGAAGGUGAUAGAAACCACUACUAGACUACUAAAAUGCUACUUAGCCCGAAGAGAAGAAUUUCUCCAUCAAAGAAGAAAACACAACGCAUAUGCUCAUGUGUCGGAGGACAUACUGGCAGAAGGAUUCACCAACUCUUCAACAGUGAUAGCAUUGGAAAAUAAAAUGCCCACUUUGCUAUCGGCGAUAUGGAAGAAAUUUUCGGACACAGUGUACCGUUACAUAUCAUGUCUCUACUACAUCUCCUGUGUCGAAUACAUCUCUCGUCUCUACUACAUCUCCCGUUCCGACUACAUCUCCCGACUACAUCUUCUCUCCCAUCUACAUCAACACAUCCGCUACAACCAACACAACUAAAAUGACGCCGAAAAACUGCCAAAGAGCGUUACUACGAUAACAAAAUUAAAAUCAAGGAGCAGAAGCUUGAAGAAAAAAGAAAGUUUCACAACUCUAUACUCCAAACCAUAAGGAAGAUAGAAAAAGAAAAAUUGACGAUUUUAUAAAGAUCCUUGUAUAGGUAAUUGGUUUUAGUUAUUUAAAAUUGUAUAUAUAAUAUAAACGAAUUUUUGAUAGUUUUUAAUUUUAAUUACUUUUAAACUUAAAUGAAUUGUGAUGUUUUUUUUAUAGUUUUUAUGUCUAUUUAGCAAUUUAAAUGAAUUUUUGUUACUUUUUUAUGUGUAUAUAGCAAUUUAAAUUAAUUUUUCAUAAGUUUUUAUAACUUUAAGGUAAUGAUUUCCUGAAGUUUUUAUCGUGCUUCAUGCAUAUACUGAAUUUAAU